AUAAUUAAUGUUUACUUUUACCUUUUUAGGGUCGCCAUACGAAAACUGGUCAAUUGGCUGCCAUAAAGGUGAUGGAUGUCACCGAAGAUGAAGAGGAAGAAAUUAAAUUAGAAAUCAAUGUGCUUAAAAAAUACUCAAAUCAUCGCAAUAUUGCAACUUAUUAUGGCGCUUUUAUAAAGAAAUCUCCACCGGGCAAAGACGAUCAAUUAUGGCUGGUGAUGGAGUAUUGUGGUGCCGGCUCCGUAACCGAUCUUGUCAAAACGACAAAGGGACAGAGCCUCAAGGAGGAAUGGAUUGCGUAUAUUUGUCGUGAAAUAUUGCGUGGUCUCAGCUAUUUGCACACAAAUAAAGUUAUACAUCGUGAUAUCAAGGGACAAAAUGUGUUGCUAACAGACAAUGCCGAGGUUAAGCUAGUCGACUUUGGUGUAUCAGCACAAUUGGAUCGCACGAUAGGACGACGAAACACAUUCAUAGGCACGCCAUACUGGAUGGCACCUGAAGUUAUUGCCUGUGAAGAAAAUCCGGAGGCCACAUACGACAACCGUUCGGAUUUGUGGUCGUUGGGUAUAACCGCAUUGGAAAUGGCUGAAUGCCAGCCACCUUUGUGUGACUUACAUCCGAUGCGUGCACUAUUCUUAAUUCCACGCAACUCACCGCCACGUCUAAAAUCGAAAAAGUGGUCGAAGAAAUUUCACGGAUUCAUUGACACCGUUCUUGUGAAAGACUACCAUCAGCGGCCUUACACAGAGCAAUUACUAAAGAAUCCAUUUAUCAAGGAUCAGCCUACAGAUCGUCAGGUGCGAAUACACUUGAAGGAUCACAUCGAUCGUUGCAAAAAACGAAAGCAGGAGAAAGAUCGCGAUGACUUUCACUAUUCCGGUUCGGAUAAUGAUGAUGAUGAGCCGCAAAUUGCUGGUGAGCCCAGCUCCAUCAUACAGGCACCAGGCGGUGACACCCUACGACGCAAUUUCCAACAGAUACAAGAGGGACGUAACGCUGCCGAGCAACAGCAACAGCAGAAAAUGGCUGCGGCCGCUGCAGCUGCACAAGCCCAGGCACAGGCUCAGGCUCAAGCUCAGCUGCCGCAAGCUAAUCGCAACCAGAAACCACAAUCGCGUGAGCAACGGCAACAAAUCGAAGAGCCCGGUCCACCAUCGCGUCCGGCUUUGCCGCAACGCGUUAUUGUGGUGCCCGAUCCACCGCUUGCAAAUCCACCACAUGCCAAUCGACCAUUACCACCAACUCCGAAAAGCUCAGAACUCAGUGCUCAAACGCCACAACAACAACAGCGCAAUUCGCAAAAUAAUUUCAAACCAUCGUUGCCACCAAGGAGACCUGAGGAUUUGGACAUGAUAGCAGCACAACUUAAUGAAUUGGGCGUCUCUCAACAGCCGCAACCGCAAACCGCUUUCGGACAGUCACAAUUACAACAGCAGGCCCAACCGGAGGCGCCACCACGUAAUAAUCGCCAAUCGGUGCCACCGUCAUCAUCAGCACAGAUGAAAUCGGCACCAGCCGUACCGCCGUUAUCCAAUAAUCAUCAUCACGUGCAGCCAAUAAAUCCACUAGAUCCGCUGGAUAGCAGCGAUACGGAUAGCGAGCCGGAUGAACCCAACGAACGUGGACGCAACGAUGGCACGCUGUUGGCCAGUGAUCCACCAAAGCCACUUCCUGAAUUUUCAUAUAGGCCUGGACAUGGACCCGUUGCCGAGGACCCAACGACAACACCAAUCAGCCAUGGCAGCAGCAGCGGUGGCGGACCACCAAAUCGCCCAUUGCCACCCACACCCGAUGACGACGAUCAAGCUGGCGAUCGUACACUGAUCAUGAAGAGGAAACUCGAAAAUCAAAAUAAAAUCCAAAAGUCUGCCUCCACCACUUGUGCCAAUCGACCGACCAAAGAUGAAGCUGUACUCAUGCGCGAAUGGGACAUUGAGAAGUUCUUUCCGAAUCGUGAAGGCGGCGCCGCCACUGCCAUUUCCAAUUCGAGCACACUGAAAGCCGAACAAAAGCUGCUGCAUCGCAGUAGCGUCUCCGAAAUGAUGCGCCGCAAUUCACAUCACCAAUCACCGCCCACAACUAAACUGCAACAACAACAACAGCCACCACCUGUGCCACAAGGCUUCCAGCCGCUAAAAGGAACCAAAGAAAGCCAACAGCCAACGCCGCAACCACGUAGCGGUCAAAGCGGCAGCGCUAGCAGUAGCAGCAGCACCAGCGCAAGCGCACAAAAACCCAAUCAAAUGAGCAGUAGCGCUAACGCAGGCGCACAGAAGGCGCAACCGCAACAGCUGGUGCACAAGCGACAGGAGUCCGAUUCGAAAUUGCCGAAUUUUAUGCGCAGCUUUAGGCGUGAGAAUUCCGACUUCUUUCCGCAGAUGAAACGCUACUCGGCCGUGCUGGGCAACAGCAGUAAUCUGAGUUCACCCCAAUUGGUGCAGGCACAACGCGCCAGCGUCAUGCUACCACGCGGCAGCAUAUACAACAACAACAAUAAUAAUAAUAAGAACGAAACUACGACGUCCAACGACAAUAAGCCAAAGGAUAAGAAUAGCAUUACCACUAGUGUGACGACUACUACUUCCACCACAGCAGCAGCAGCAACAACAACAGCCAAUAGUGCUUCCAAUGCUGCCAAGCAGCAACAAGCGCCAACAGCGCAACCACAGCAAACGACACCAAAGUCAAACAGCACUACAAGUGCCAAUAAGCCCAACAAUAACAAUAAUGCCAAUGGUAGUAAUAGCGCUUCGGUAUGCGCAGCGCAGCCGCAAGCCGACAAAUCGGGCUGGCUGAAUAAUUUGACGCCGCGACCCAGACGCGAAAAGACAGAAUCGGUAAUUGUUUUGCAAAACUCCGCAGCUAGACAGCAGUCAUUCCUGGCGCAACUAAUACAACAGCAGCAGAAUCGUAGCAGUGAAAAUAGCGGUCUCGGCACUCCCGGCACACGCACUAGCAGCGUCUUACCCGACUUGCUCAGUCAAGCCUCGCCGGCAACACCACCGCGUCACGAUAAAUCAUCUAGCGAGGAGUAUCAAGCGGCCAUCAACUCAUCAGUGCAUUCCACGCCAUCAAAGUCGUUUAUCAGUUCGAACAAUUCGCCGCAGUCGACAAUUUCGUUGUCGUCAUCGUCGCGGCAGAAUAGUCCGAAAAAUUCAAUUAGCAAAACUAGAUCUACCAGCAGUAUUACUAAUUUAUUGCACAAAUCUGCUUCUUCUUCUUCCAAUAUAUCAACGCCGCCAUCAUCAUCCUCCAAUUUGCCACCACACGCCUAUGCGCUGCAACAGAAACAGCGUAGUUUCCUCACAUUCGGUUUUGGUGCUGGCGGCUCGGGACCAACGCGUCGUGAAUCGCAUAUAAAUGUCAAUGUGACGCCGACAUCGCACGAGGCGACCAGCGACACACCAGAAAUACGCAAAUAUAAGAAACGUUUCAAUUCGGAGAUAUUAUGCGCAGCAUUGUGGGGUGUCAAUCUGUUGAUCGGCACCGAGAAUGGCCUGAUGCUGCUGGAUCGCUCUGGACAGGGAAAGGUGUAUCAACUGAUCUCGCGUCGUCGUUUCCAACAAAUGGAGGUGCUAGAAGGUCAAAAUAUUUUGGUUACCAUAUCGGGCAAAAAGAACCGUGUGCGCGUUUAUUAUUUAUCAUGGCUGAAAUCGAAAAUCCUGCGUACCGACGGGCUUUCUGAUCAAGUGGAGCGUCGCAAUGGCUGGAUAAAUGUUGGUGAUUUACAAGGUGCUGUACAUUUUAAAAUUGUGAAAUACGAAAGGAUUAAGUUCCUAGUGAUCGCAUUAAAAGACUCGAUUGAAAUUUAUGCAUGGGCUCCCAAGCCAUAUCACAAAUUUAUGGCAUUUAAGAACUUCGGCGAUUUAGAGCAUCGUCCGUUAUUAGUUGAUCUCACCAUAGAGGAUCAAUCACGUCUUAAAGUGAUUUAUGGUUCUGCCGAGGGUUUCCACGCUGUGGACUUGGACUCCGCUGAAGUAUACGAUAUUUAUCUUCCUAAACAUACUCAUGAUGCAAUCAUUCCGCAUUGUAUAGUGGCGCUUCCAAAUUCAAAUGGCAUGCAGCUCUUGCUCUGCUACGACAAUGAAGGUGUCUAUGUAAAUACGGUUGGACGAGUUUCAAAGAAUAUUGUUUUGCAGUGGGGUGAAAUGCCGACAUCCGUGGCCUACAUCGGCACAGGACAAAUCAUGGGCUGGGGCAAUAAAGCAAUAGAAAUUCGUUCAGUUGAAAGCGGUCAUUUGGACGGUGUGUUUAUGCACAAAAAAGCACAGCGCUUGAAAUUCCUGUGCGAACGCAAUGACAAGGUGUUCUUUAGUAGUGCCAAAGGUGCAUCAUCAUGUCAAAUAUACUUCAUGACACUCAACAAGCCAGGCAUGGCCAAUUGGUAAUCAGUCAGAGAAUUCAAAGGAUUCGAAGUGAUAUAUUGCGCAACGUAGAAGCACAUACGAUUUAUAUAUGGAGCGUAGAGAGCAUAGAGUGAAGAAAUCUAAUUGAAAACAGAAAACAAAACAUUGAAAUUAUAACGAUAACGCUGAUUGAUUACGACACAAUCGAACGUUUUGUUUCUCCUAAUUAUAAGAGAAUUUUAAAUUAAUAAUAUAUAAAUAUAUAUAUAUAUAUAUAUAAAUAAUAAAAACACAAUAACGUGACAGAUAAAACAAAAAUAAAAUAAAAUGCUUAAUGCUGGAUAUGAAAUGAAUACACACACACAUACAUACACUUGAAAAACAUUAGCAGACUUGCGACGCAAAAGAGUUUUGAAAAUGUUUUGCAAUGAAAUGCCAGCUAUUUAAUUUGGAAAUAUAUAUGCCAAAACCUGGAAAGCAAUGGAAAGUGGAGCGGAUGUGCGUGUACCUUUUGACGGUACGUUUGAAAUAUGUAUCGAAAAGUACAUGGAAAUGGAUUUGCGCUAGCAAAAACUAACCGUUAUGCAGCACGCUGUCGACAUGUAUUUUAAUAUGUAAUUUAGUUGUGUUAUCCAAAUUUAUAUAGAGAACAAAAGAAACAUAAGCAUGGAAAUGAAUUAUCGCAAUGAAAUUGAUUUAAAAAAUAUAUUAAAUUAAAACGCAGACGAGAUUUGCAUUGAAAUAUGGUUAGACACAAACACAAGUGAACGCACUGCGUUUGCGAAGAAGAGCUUUUUUUUAGUUUUUGGAACUUUUCAUGAGUUUUUGCAAUUAUAAUUUCAAAAUUUAUUAUUUUUAGACAAAGAGUUGUCAAAAAAAUUUAACUAUUUUUAUUAAAACUUCUGUAAAAAUAAAAAAAUAUAUUUUGCUAGUUUUUAACAUUACAUUUAGUAAGGUUAUGUUUUUCAAACAUUUAAAAACUAUUGAAACUUGUGUAAAAUAAAAAAAUAUUAUUUUUUCUUACUUUUGACAUUACAUUUUGUAGUUAUUUCUCAUUUUAGUAAGGUUAUCAUCAUCAAAAAUUUAAUAAUUAUCAAAAGUUGUGUAAAAUUAAAAAAAAAAAAAAAUAAAUACUUACAUUAACUUUCAUUUAUGUUCUUCAAAAAUUAAUUUUGCUGCUUCUUGAAGUAAAACGGUAAUUUUUUAUAUUUUUUGAUUUUGUGUUAACUUUAAUUUUAGUAAGGUUAUGUUCUUCAAAUAUUAAUUUUUCUGUUAUUUGAAGUAAAGCGCUAUUUUUUUUUUGUUUUUGUUUUUGAGUUAACUAUUUAACCAGAUCAACCUAAAUUACUUUGAAAAUAAUUUAUUUUGCCGUUUCUGUUUUUUUUUCUUUUUUGUUCAUUCUCAUUUAGUGAGAUUAUGUUCAAAAUAAUUUUCAAUUGAUAUUUAUUAAAAAAAUUAAUACACGAUAUAUGUAUAAAUACUAAUAUUAAAACAUAAAACAAAAUUCAAAGUUCUUUUUUGCAUACGCUGUGCGUCACUUGUUUAGUGUAACUGUUCAUGUGUUAGGUUUUUAAAAUGUCAAAAACCUUUAAUUUAUUUUAUUUUCGAUGCUCAUGACAGUGUAAAAAAAUAAUAAUUUUGUCAUUUUGCUAAAUUUUGCGGCACCAUUGUCUAUUUGGAAGCUGUUUUAGUAAAGUAUUUUAUUUGAAAUGUUUAAAAAUAUGUUAUUUAUGUGAGCAUUACUCACAGUGAGUGCCAAUUUUUUGUUAUAUUUGAACAAAUUGCACGUUUCGACAAUUUUUUAAGCGCCAUGUUUUAGAAAACUACGCGAAAAUUGCGACAAGCGGUGUACCUCGUGCUAAAUUGAUAAAAAUGGAAAAGGAUAAAUGCCUGAAAGUGACGCGAAAUGCAAACAAAGAGGGAAAAGAGAUAUAGCGAAUGUUUCAAAGUGAAUAAUGAGCAAUAUAUGUGCGUCUAAGAGCGUUUUACGUGCGCGUUGUGUGUUAGAAAGGCGUAGCAUACGAAUUUGUAGAGCCCAGCUUGUAAAAUUAUGUUGACAAAUUCAGUGCACAAUGCGCGCGUACACAUAAAAGGCGGUUAUGCCAACUGUAUUCGAUUUUUUUGUUUUUCAACAUUGAUUUUUUAAAGCAAAUAAAUUUUGCACACAUGUAUGUUUUUUAUUGAAAUCAUAAUUUUAAGCUAAGCCAAUUUGUCCUUGCAAUAAACGAGAACCACAAGUAUCAAAAAAAAAAGAUUAAAUAUAUUUAUGUGAAAAUGUACGAAAGCAUUCGUAUGCACUUUUUCUUAUUUAACAUAUACUUAUGUAUGUAAGAUAUGAGUAUAUAAAUAUUUCUUUUUGUAAUGAAUUUAUUGCAUACUAUUAAUUAUAUACACAAAUACAAUUUUUACUCUUUACAUGAAAAAGUAGUAGUUUAUAUUUUGGUUGCCCAACGUAGCACCGCCGCUUCCAUGCUGGGUUUAUUUAGGUUUGUCUUGCUAUGUAGUUGCGUAUGUGUUGUAAUAAAUUUUUUGUUUUUCUUAAAUUGAAUUUUUCUUUUUUUAAUUUUUUUGUGCUAUUUUUUUUUUUUUUGGUAUUUUUUUGUGUUUACUUUCUUUUAAUUUUUUUAUAAUUUUUUGUGAUAAAAUAUUUUUAUUUAUUUAUAUUUUUAUACUUUAUUUGAUAUUUUUUUAUACUUUUUAUUUUUUUUAUACUUUUUUAUUAUAUUUUUUAUACUUUUUUUUAUUUAUUUUUUAUUUGUUUACAUAUUAUUUUUUCAUUUCGGUUUUCUAAUAAAAAUUGAAUUGAAACGCCAUUUGUAAAAACCUAAGUGAUAGUACAUAAAUACAAAUAAAUGGAGAAUAUAUUAUAUAAUAACAAUUAAUGCGAAAAAGUGAAUAGAGCAUAUGGAAUGGAAACCGGAAAUGGUAUACAUAUAUAUAUGUAAAACGCAUAGAAAAUGUAUGAAACUCGAGCUAUGUAUGUAAAAAGCAAAAACAAAUAGCGCAUCAAUGAGUGAAGUGGGGUGUCGUGCAUUAAGUAAAUAUUACAAAAAAAAACGUACUAAUAAUAGUAUUAGCAUAAAAAUGUAGCGAUUGACAGCCAGCGUUACACACGAGACACACACACAUACACGCAAAUAGACACAUUUAAAGAAUUAAAAAAAUAUUUAAAGACGCAAAAUGUGCGGCUGCAAAGCAUUGCAAUGAAGUAAAUAAGUAAAAUAAAAAAGAAAAAAUAAAUAUUAAAGCAUAAAAUAAAGAUAAAAAAGAAAGCUAAAUAAAUGAAGCAGUUUAUAUACAUACAUAAGAAUACUAAACGGCCUAGUUAAGCAUUUUUUACUGAACUUUUUACAAAGCGCCUAAAAAACGGCGCUCGCAAUAAAGAAUGAAUGCGUACACACACACACACACACACAAAUGAAUUACAAAAUUAAAUACACACAGACAUAUAUACAUAUAUGUAUACAUUAAAUAUAUAUACAUACAUAUGUAUAUAAAUGCGUUAAUGGUGCAUUAAUGGUGCAUUAAAUGAGCAACAAAAAUAAGUUUAUAAAAUAAAUGAGAAGAAGCAAAGCAACAAAUUAAGAGUUAACACAUGCAAUCAUAAACAGAUAGAAGCAAAAGUCGGGAAAAUAUGCAGCUGCAACAAAUUUAAUUUGUAAUUUUUAAUUGUAAUUAGUUCACUUACAUAUACAUACAUUUAAAAUUUGUUUUUGCUGCGCUCAGUAUCGGUAUGUAUAGCUAAAUGUUUUUGUACUUCACCUCACACUCUUACAUGUGCCCCAAAUCAAUGCCGAUAACUGUAACUUUAACUGUACUUUUAGCACAACCACAUAAUUUGUAACGCCAACGCUAAAAAAUCUAAAAAAAAAUAUUAAAAUUUAAAAUUAUUUAUGCUCCUUUUUUCUGCAAAAUACUUGCUACUUAACGUUUCUCGCUGUGUGUUGUAUUUGUAGAAGCAUAAACAAUUUGUUUUGCUGUUGUCGCAGUGCGUGGUUGGCGCUUCAUAUUGAAGUGUUCCAGUCAACCAAACACCCUAUAUAAUUAUUUGUGUGCAACACGGUAUAUUCUUUUUUUUUUUGCAAAAUACAUACAUACAUACAUACAGACAACAUUUGCGAACUUGUUUUUUCACUAAGCUUUUUCGUGUUCUUGUAAUGAAAUCUACAAAAAAGUAUAUGGAAAUUUAGAAAUUUUUAAGCCACACUGGAAGUUACUUCAAUCGAUGUAUAUUUGUUUGUUUGUUUGUUCGUUUUUAACCUAUUAGUUAUGUAAUUAAUUAAUAAAUGUAUUUGGAUUUGUGUUAA